AUUUGACUCGGCUAAGCAUAAGCUCGACUGACUCUCUUGGUUACGGGACAAAACCCUAAUAAACACAGCUGAAUUCUAGAUCCUUCCAAGAAUCACCACCACCCCCAAUUGUUGGAUUUGGACCUCUGCAAAUUGUUGAAAUUAUAAUUUAAAAAGCCAAAAAAAAAAAAAAAAUCAUAAUUCUAGACCCUUCUUCUAACUUUAAGCAGAACCCUCCAGACUCGAGCUUCUUCUCUUUUUCUUGACUACAUUUCCCUUCCCUUUCUCUCCCACUCCAACUACAUUCUCCACAUAAUCUCAAAGCUCCAAUAUCUCCCGUUCAGGAGUUCACUGUUUUUUAGUUUCCAAUAUUAACAAUGGCAAAAUAUGGAGAAGGAGACAAGCGUUGGAUCGUAGAAGAAAGACCAGAUGGAGCAAAUGUACACAAUUGGCACUGGGCAGAAACCAACUGUUUAGAAUGGUCGAGAAACCUGCUUUCCAAACUUCUUUCGAAUCUUGUAGUUCUUGAUGGUGAAGGUAAUCUCUUUAUCAAAAUCAAGAAAGUUGAAAAAGUGGAAGGCGAAGCCUAUGUUAAUGUUCGCAAAGGGAAAAUCAUUCCUGGGUAUGAAUUAAGUGUUUCGCUUUCUUGGGAAGGUGAGGCCAAAGAUUCUGAUGGGAAAUCUUUACUUAAAGCUGAAGGAUCUGUGGAGAUUCCUUAUAUUUCGGAUGAGAAUGCUGACGAAGAUCCUGAAAUUAGGGUUCUUGUUAAAGAUGAGGGCCCAAUUGGGAAAAGAUUGAAGGAUGCAAUGGUGGCCAAAGGGAAAAAGAUUAUUGAGGAAAAAGUUAGGGUUUAUGUUCAAAGUAUGGCCAAGGGUGGGCCUGCUAGAGAUGAAUUGGAAAAUAAGAAAGUUGUGCCUAAAGGGCAAUCUGCCGUCGCAGCAGUGAAGGAGGAGGCAAUCAGUGGUGCUUCAGUGGUGGAGAAGAAGGAGAAGGAGGUGAAGAAUGAAAGCAAGAAAGGGUUUAAGACGAUAAGUUUGUCGGAGAAGUUUAGUUGUAGAGCUAUUGAUAUGUUUGAGAUAUUAAUGGAUGAGAAUAGAUGGAAAGGCUUUACGCAGAGUAACGCGAGGAUUAGUAAAGAGGUUGGUGGUGAGUUUAGCAUUUUUGAUGGGUCUGUCACUGGGACUAAUGUUGAGCUGCAGGAGGGUAAGCUGAUUGUGCAGAAAUGGAGAUUUGGGAGCUGGCCUGAUGGGGUUGUUUCUACGGUAAGGCUUACUCUUGAUGAGCCUGAACCUGGGCUUACGGUGGUUAAGCUGUUGCACACUGACAUCCCUGAGGAAGACAGAUAUGGGAAUGCAACCGUGGUGGAGAACACUGAGAGGGGAUGGCGGGAUCUUAUUCUCCAUAAGAUACGAGCAGUUUUUGGUUUUGGGAUAUGAGUUAUUUCCAUACUUUCUACGAAUUGUAGAAUUUUAUCAGAUUGUCUUUAUCUCACUAAUGAAAUUUGAAUUAAUGAAUUCUGGGAUUAUGUUGCUGUUU